AAACAUAAUUGGGUCAGGGGAGCUUGUGGGGUCAGAGAGAUUGAUGGGGCUUGGGGUGUGGUGGACGGCGAGGAAGAACUACAGAUGGAAAGUGGCUUGCUGGUCAGGCUGUUCGAGGUACGAUGGCCUCGUGCGUUUUUUGUUGGCCUGCUAUUGUCGUCGGCCAUGACUUUGCAUCCAAGGCAGACCGACGAGUUGUGCGCGUGUGUGGGAUUGUCUUCACGGCUUCACCAUCACUCGGACUCCGUGCAUGGAGAUUGCACAGCACAGAUGAGCUUAUUGCGAGUACAUCACUCUACUCCAAUGCAGCUCCCUUUUCUGGCGUUGGGGCUCCGACGGCAUUGGCGGUGGAUGAGGCGAGCGGGGGCACGGCGGGCCGGGUGAAUGUGGCGGUUGGCUUCAGCAAAGGUGCAUUCGCGACGUAUCAGCUGGACAUGCUGCAGGAAGCUCCCAUAUUUCGAACCAGCCACGUUCGCCCCCCAGGAAAUCGGACCAGCCGCGAGGCCCCGAAUACGAUGGUCACUGCAAUGGCUUAUCUGGGACCGUACUUGAGCACCAUGGCGGGUCAGACGUGGGAAAUUUACGAUUUUUCCGAUUCACUCGAAGGCGCAGCAAGCGGGGCAGAUGAGCGCGGAGCGAUUGAUGUCCCGGACACCACAGGCAGCGGUGAGGGGGAGCCCAAAGCCGCCCACGUUGUGGUUUCAGUUGACGAUGACGAUCUUAGCGGCAGAAGCAGUUCGUCAUCAUCAGCAGCAGCAGCAGCAACAUCAUCAGCAGCAUCAUCAUCAAUCUCGCGCAAUCUUCCUAGCUCGUCCGGAACGACAAAAAGCAACCGCAUGAUACACUCAAUCACCCCGCAGCUUCACGCGCCCCCUCCAAAGCUCCUAGCCUCGCUCCAAUCGUCGACCGCAUGGCCUCCAUCAACGCUAUCGCUGCGUCGAUCUGUCAACGGCACCCUCCUCGCCUCGGUGGUGUAUGCAAGUCCGCUCUACACGGCUGGAUGGUCAGUAGGCAUGCAGGAGCUGCGCUUUUCGACCAGUCCCACCACCAUCCUUGAAGAAUCGCGGAUUGCGACAUCUGUCCCAUCCGCGUUCACACCUGUCGGUGCUGCGAGUGGGACUCCUGGCAAUUCUGGCAAUUCUGGCAGCUCACCGGGGGGAGUUGGGACAGGACCCGCAAGGAUGCUGUCGAGUCACGGCGGGUCACAGCACUACGAUCCGCCGUUGGCGCAGCCUACCAGUGUGAGCUACAGUCAUCCCUACCUCGUCACUUCGCACGCCGACAACACGCUUACACUCCACCUAGUGCGCUCGACGUCCUCCGCACUCAUCAUCGACGCAGGCCAGCGACUGUACGGUCACACGGCGGCAGUAUCGGAUGUCCUCGUCGACAGCAGGGGAAAGGCCGUAUCCGUUGACCGUGCCGGAAGGGAGAUGCGGGUGUGGGAGCUCGAGGGGGGUGUCAGCGAGCGCCGGAGGGACGCCGCCAGUGUUCGCGUCGAACCGGUGCAUGACGUCGUCUUCCACCACCGUGCUGAUGCAGAUGACACGGCCCGCGGAAGGCUGGGCGGCUUCGAUGAGGAGAAGGUGGUCGUGUUCAAGGAAGACGCACGAUUGUUAGUUUACGAUUUUUCGAGAUGAUACCUCCCUACCUACCUCUUCUCUCUCUCUCCUGCCCUGUCUUGUCUUGUCUUUGCUUUUCAUUCCUGUCAUGUUUGGGAAGGGGGGAGGAAGGGGGGAGGGGGAGGGGGAGGGGGGGCAAACGCGGAGGAUGUGUGCUGU